AUGCUGCAUCAAGCACUUCACAGAUUUGGUAAAAAUCUGAGACCUAGACAUCCGCUGGAGCAACCUGUGGCUGAACCUGCCCCUGCCAGAAGCCUGAGCACUCUGGAUUUAGUAGCCCUGGGUGUGGGCCGCACAGUGGGUGUAGGUGUGUAUAUCUUGGCUGGUGAGGUGGCUAGAGAUAAAGCAGGACCAUCCAUUGUGAUCUGCUUGUUGGUGGCAGGCCUAUCUUCUAUGUUGGCUAUGCUGUACUUUGCAGAGUUUAGUCCCCAGAUUAUCCACUCUGGCUCCAAACAUCCCCACAGCUUUGUCAUCGUAGAUAAACUUGGGGCUUUCAUCACUGCCUGGAUUCUCAUCCUCAACAAUGUUACUGCUAUAGCCAUUAGGAUCUGGGCUUGGACCUUAGCUCUUGACAACCUUUUUGGAAACAAGAUAUCUCAGACCUUGCAGGAGACAAUUUCACAACAUGUUCCCAGGGUCUUUGCAGAAGUUCUAGGCUUCUUUUUUAUGUUCCUUGUGUUGUUGCUCAUGGGAUUGCUGACUCGGAACAUUAGGCAGCUUUCCCUGGUUACCAAAGUGGUCACAUUGGUGAACCUCUUGGUUCUUGGUUUUGUCAUCAUUUAUGGCUUCCUGAAGGGGGACCUGCACAACUGGAAGCUCACAGAAGAAGACUACAUAAUGGCUGGACUCAAUGACACUUCUAGCUUGGGACCUCUGGGCUCUGGAGGAUUUAUGCCUUUUGGCUUCCAGGGGAUACUCCAUGGAUCAGCUACCUGUAUCUAUUCUUUUACAGGCUUGAGCAUUAUUGUUACCAGAUUUGAAGUAGCCCAGAAUUUCCAGCAUUCCUUUCCUAUGUUCAUUGUGAUUUCACUACUCAUCUGCAUUUUGGUGUACUGUGGUGUCUUUUCAGCACUUAUGCUUAUGGUGCCUUAUUACCAGCUCCAACCUGGGAGCACCUUGCCUGAGGCAUUUCUCCAUACUGGCUGGGCCCCUGCCUACUAUGUUGUAACUCUUGCAUUCUUCUGUAGUAUUUCUGUCAGCCUCUUGGAUUAUAUGUUUCCCAUACGUCAGCUAAUCUCCAUGAUGACACAUUAUGGCCUCUUUUUUCCUGUCCUUGCAAGGAUGCAAACCAGCACAUACGCACCCAUUGUGGCCACUGUGAUCUUUGGGAUUAUUGCAGGAAUCAUGGUAUUAUUCUUUGGAUUUGCCAAUCUCUUGGACCUCAUGUCAGUUGGGGCCCUGCUAGUUUACUCCCUGUUGGCUUUUAGUGUUCUCAUCCUCAGGUAUGAGCCUCAGAGGAGGAAUGGGGGAAAUGAAGCACAGGUGCAGGAGGAAAAUGAAGCAGAGAUGCAGGAGGAGAAUGAGGAAAAUGAGGCAGAGGUGCAGGAGGAGAGCAGACCUGCAGCAGAGAAGCUGACUCUACAGGGACUAUUUUUUCCAGGCAGUCCCACCCCCACUCCACUCUCUGGUCGGGUUGUCUAUGUUUGCUCCUCACUGCUCGCUCUGCUGCUGACUCUUCUCUGCCUGGUGCUGGCCCGGUGGCCAGAUCUGCUUUCUGGAGACCCAGUGUGGAUCACAGUGGUUGUGCUGCUCCUGCUGCUCAUCACUGGGAUCACCGGGGUCAUCUGGAGACAGCCACAGAACUCCACUCCCCUUCACUUCAAGGUACCUGGUCUGCCUCUCCUCCCACUCCUGAGCAUCUUUCUCAAUGUUUAUCUUAUGGUACAGAUGACAGCUGGCACCUGGGCCCUAUUUGGUGUCUGGAUGCUGAUUGGGUUUGCUAUCUACCUUGCUUAUGUGAUCCAGCAGCACCUGGUUCCUUAG